UCCACAACACACCCACAACACAAUGUCCUCCAGCGAAGUCCCCUUCUUCACCUACGUCCUCGAGCGUCUCAAGCAGUCUGGUGUCAAGCAGAUCUUUGGUGUCCCCGGUGACUUUAACCUUGCCGCCCUCGACUACAUCGAGCAGGACCCCGAUGUCCAGUGGGUCGGCAACGCCAACGAGCUCAACGCCGCCUACGCGUGCGACGGUUACUCUCGAGUCAAGGGCGGUCUUGCAGUCAUUAUGACCACCUUUGGUGUCGGUGAACUCUCUGCCCUCUGUGGUAUCGCCGGUUGUCUCUCGGAGCGCGUGCCUGUUCUCCACAUUGUCGGCGCUCCCUCCACUAAACUCCAGGCCAACCAAUCGUUGCUCCACCACACCCUGAACCUCCCCGACUCGUUCACCACCUUCUCCACCAUGUCGGCUCCUCUCUCUUGCUCCCAGGCUCUCAUCAACACGAUCGAGCCCUCUACCAACACCGCCUGGACUGAGGCUUUCGACAAGACCCUCAGGGAGGUCCUCGAGCAGUGCCGACCUGGUUACGUCGAGAUUCCCACCGACGCUGUCCACCGCAAGGUUUCGGCCGAGGGCUUGAGCCAGCGACUUCCCGACCCCGCUUCCGCUCCCCCUGCCGAAGCCGUUGCCACCUCCCUCACUAACAGCGCCGCUUCUGUCGCCGCCCGAAAUCACGGUGCCCAGCUCUCCUUGGCCCAGGGCCCUAUCGACGCUCCCGUCGCUCCUCCCUCUGACGAGGUCACUGGCCAUGUCGUCGAUGACAUUGCUAGCCGAUUCGCCGCUGCCAAGAAGCCCAUCAUUCUUGUUGAUGCUUGUGCCGGCAGGUUUGGUAUGGCCAAGGAGGUCAGGAAGCUCGUGGACACUUGCCAGAUCCGAUUCUUUGAGACCCCUAUGGGUAAGAGUUUGAUGGACGAGCACCACCCUCUCUUUGGUGGUUGCUACGCCGGUGCCAACUCUCUCCCCGCCGUCCAGCAAGAGGUCGAGUCUGCCGACUUUGUCCUCUACGUUGGUGCCCUCAAGUCCGACUUCAACUCUGGCUCCUUCUCUGUCAACAUUGACCCCAAGAUCAUUGUCGAGCUCCACUCCUUCACCACCACCAUCGGCUACGCCGCCUACCCCACUACCGACAUUCGUCACGUCCUUCCCCGCCUUGCUGGUGCCUUCCAGAAGGCCGGCCACCCCAAGGACUCUGAGGGUGCGCACGAGACUGUCGAGCAAAAGGCUGUCGCGCACAGGGUCACUGGCGGUGUGCCCAAGCCCGAGGGUAACGAGAUCAAGCACGCUUGGCUCUGGCCCCGAGUUGGCGAGUGGUUUGCCGACACUGGUACGUCUCUUUGUACUUCCAUCUAUCGAUCACAGCUCACUCUUAUCCUAGAUAUCGUCAUCACCGAAACCGGCACCUCUUCCUUCGGUCUCACCAACGUCGUCCUCCCCUCCAACUCUACCUAUGUCGCCCAAAUCCUUUGGGGUUCCAUCGGUUGGUCCGUCGGCGCCUGUCUCGGUGCCGCCAUGGCCGCCAAGGAAGACCCCCGCGACCGCCGAACCGUCCUCUUUGUCGGUGACGGUUCCCUCCAGCUCACCCUCCAGGAGAUCGGUACCAUGCUCCGACGAGGCUUGCACCCCUACCUCUUUGUCCUCAACAAUGACGGUUACGAAAUCGAGCGCCAGAUCCACGGUUGGGAUGCCGAGUACAAUGACAUUCAGCCGUACGACCACCAGCUCUUGCUUCCCUUCCUUGCGGGUAAAAAGUGCCCCACGCCCUUCCAGUCGUACGAGGUCCACACCCCCGAGGAGCUCAACAAGCUCUUGUUGGACGAGGACUUUAACAAGCCCGACAGGCUUAGGUUGAUUGAGGUCUACAUGCCCCGAGGCGAUGCGCCCGAAGGUUUGGUCAGGCAGGCCAAGCUGACUGCCGACGCCAACGCCGAGCUCUAAUCUGCCCCAAUCUUUUCUCUCUACAUAUCUUACAUUGUUGAUUAGUUGUUGUAACUCCGAAAAAGGAACCGUGUAUAGAGGUUCGAAACAAUUAGUUGGCGAAGGAAAGAAGAAGGACAGCAGUACAUAGUCUUUGUUUGUCUCAAAAGAAUUGUUAAUCUUGCGAUAAAAUGCAUCACCCGUCUCAAUACACA